AAAUUUUAAUUCCUUUUCCUUGGCAAUCAAUCCAAAUCAGAAAGAGAGAGAGAGAGAGAGGACCCAUCAGUAGUUGUACCAACGCGGAGUAGCGAAUCUAAUAGAGAUCACAGCUGAAAAAACACAAAACAUUUUUCUUGCAACACAGAUUGCUUCUCACCUACUUAAUAAAACCUCCCCAUAACAGUUCCUGGCCUCAAGCACGCCUCUCUCUCUCUCUCUCUCUCUCUCUCUCUCUCUCUCUCUCUCUCUCUCUCUCUCUCUCUCUCUGUGUAUAUAUAUAUAUAUAACCUACAAAUAUAUAUAAGCUAGGAGAAGGCCGACCCUGAUACGCAAAACAGCUAGCUGAAAUCUGAAGGGAUCUUUUGUUUCAUUUCUCUGGUUCCAAAAAUGGAAUUGCAAGACGCCCAACAGCAGCCACAACAGCAGCAGCAGCAGCAAUUGCAGCAACAGCAAUUGCAGCAACCACAACAAAGCACUUUCCAUGUGUUGGCAGUGGAUGAUAGCCUUAUGGAUAGAAAGCUCUUGGAGAAGCUCCUCACUGUUUCCUCUAAUUACCAAGUAACAUGCGUGGAAUCUGGGGACAAAGCUCUGGAGUAUCUGGGCCUCCUCGAUAACCUUCACUGCAGCGAUCAAUAUUCAACAGCUUCUUCCUCGUCUUUCUCUCAGUCGCCACAACAGGGAUUGAAAGUCAACCUGAUCAUGACGGACUACUGCAUGCCGGGGAUGAGCGGCUAUGACCUUCUCAGACGAGUUAAGGGAUCAUCGAGGAAAGACAUACCAGUCGUGGUCAUGUCAUCAGAAAAUGUACCUUCUAGAAUAAGCAUGUGUUUGGAAGGGGGAGCACAGGAGUUCCUGUUGAAGCCUGUUCAGCUAUCAGACUUGAAGAAGCUUCAGCUCCAUCUUUUGCAACCAGUGGAAGAUAGCAGCAGCAGCAGCGGCAGCGGCGACAGCAGCGAUGACAAGGCUGCAGGCGUCGGUAAUGGUAGCAAGAGGAAAGCAAUGUCCACAGAGCCUCCAGAGAGAAGACCCAAUAAGCUCAAAGGAUUAACAGCUGUAUCAUAAAUUAAUAUUUAUACAUAGAUCUUCUAAUUACUUAUACCUACCCAGCAGUGCAGGCUUAACUUAAUUAUAUAUGAUCACCUGUAUUGAUUUUGCUUGGUUAUAUAUGAAUAUAUACCAUGCAUGCAUGCACCCGAUCUCGUCCUUUGAUGUUCAGUUGUUGCUAAGCUGUAAAUAAAAUAAGUUUAAUUUGCAGGGAAAAAAAAACUUAACGCA